UUCAGCCAGUCGUGCGAGGAGCGAGACUCGUCAGGGUCGAACCGCUCUUUGCGACCGCGCUGGUCACGCUUCCCGGCAGACUGUUCCCUCGGGACAGGCUCCACCUGUUUGUCAUUCCGUCGCGUAUACCAGCAAAAGACGCACCGUGUGAAACGAAACGUGGUAGAAAUGUUGCCGGUGUCGAACAGCGGGAAGAACCGUGGACCGAGCGAACGAUACACAAGAUAAUCAUCGUGAAAAGGGAGUGGAUGAGUGGCGACAGCCUGACCAGUGAUUUCGGCGAGAUUAGCAGCUUAAUUGAUCAGGCUCGGCGGCUUGAUUGGAUUUGCGGUCGGGCCUGGAUUUGGUAUUAAGAAGGAUGGGUUGGACACUCACCGCUCUUGGGGUGGCUUUGGUCAUUGUCAUCAUCGCUGGCGCCGCCCUGGCACUCUGCAGAAGAUACUGUGUCGGCUGGCAAUGGGGCACCAGAAACGUUUGGAACGUCUGCGAGGAGUGGCGGCAAAGGCUGUCGUGGUUGUGGGCACCGCGAGAAGAGAAGGUCGGUUUGGUAAAAGCGCAACACCCAACGGCCCAGACGAUACCCGGCCUGUAUCGGCAGCCUGGGAACGCGUCUCAACAUCUGCUCCAUAGCGACAGUGAUCUCAGGCUGGAUGCACAAGGAGCUUUUACCAGAUUCGAGCCAGUGGACAGAGACCUCCAUCCGCCUCUGGGUACUACAACCACCAGUAAUACAAUACCCCCGCAGCCUUUGAGGCCAGCACCUCAAGAAAGGCCGAUUCCACGUUCAAGGCCGUCACCGCUUCAAACCUCGAGCACUAUAGACUAUUUGAGGAUGCAAGAGGCCGGCCCCGGUCCACUAACUCCGCCGCCGUCGUUGCAAAGACCGCCACCGAUCCCCUCGAGAUCGACCGGUCCGUCGGUGUUCCUCUUCCAAAACGAACCCGUGAAGAAUUACGGGCUGUACAAGACGUCGAACGAGCACGGAGCGUUCAGAUUCGAUAGCGACGCAACGAAAACUAUGAGCGAGAGCAUUCAAAUGACACCGUACGGCUCGCAGAAUCACACGGACACGAGAUUCAGAUACGACCUCGAGGAGGAACGAAGAAAAGAAAGGGACAGAUGCAACCCUUACAGGCAAUUCGAUAAUAGCAUCGAAUCGACGAGGAUCAGAUAUGGCGUGCACGGUGUACCAAUAGCUACCCUGGAUGGCAAAGGAGACGAAGACAGUAACAAUAGUUAUGGUAGCUACGACAUCGUUCAACGGAACCACAUGAUACGUCAACAUGUGAGGAAUGAUUCUAGAGGCUCGCCGAGCAGUUUCGGCAUGACGAAUUCUUCGAAUACUGCCAGCCAGACGAUGAUGGAAUCGAUAUAUGGAUCCGAGGAACUGUCCAAAAUGCUUCAGAGCGCUCAGAAUCUUAGCGACGACCUCGAUCGCAAGUGCAGCGAGAUGCAGAGCAUCGAGAUGACGCCGUUCAGAAGUCUUCAGGAGGACAUCGGCUCGUCCUAUUUGUUUCGCGAGCCGCAAGGGUUGCAGAAAGUCUCGCAGUACAUCCAGAGCCUACCCGACUUUCCUGUUUACGAUCCGAUGAACGAGUUGGGCCUCCACCAAGAUCAGGAUCGCGUGCACUACGACGACGCGAUUCAGGGAUCGAUCAACGCGAUGAAGGUCAACGGCGACUCGGCCUCGAGCCCGAUACCACCGCCACCCGCGCCGCCCGAUCCUCCGACGGAUGUGCCAAAAAAGAACGAACCGACCACCGGCGAAAGAAUAUUUAACGCACUACGAUUAGUGACUUCGCAGAGUUACAUCGACGCCUCGGAGUUUUACAACUCGGUAGUUUCCUCGGCGCAGCAAGUUCAACGGUUCAGCUUUUCCCCGAGAUCCUCGCCAUUGGUCGAGGACAGCAGUAGCAAUCAAUUGCAAAAUGAGAUUCGAGAUAUUUUUGCGGAGAACGAUUCCGAUCUGAUAUGUCCCGACGGCUCUCGACGCAGCUCAGAUCUUUACAGUCCCGAACUUAAUUUGGAAGCACACAGAACUGCACAAGAGGUGUACAAUAGUUUGCAAGACCCACCAUCGUCGCCGCUGUUAGUUAAUGACCAUAAUCAAGAAGUUUACUCGUACCUGUCUGAUCCCAGCUUCACGAGAACUUCAGAGGAUAUUCUAAAUAGCAUCGAACAAAGAAGGAAAAGCAUGGAAAGACUGAACGGUAUUCACGACUUGAACGAACUCGAUGACGCCGAUUCGUCAAGAAGACGAAAUAGUCAGGAGUUCUAUUCCUCAUUUGAAGACAUGCAGCUGAAGCGGAAGUUUUCUCAGAGCUUCGUCGGAAACUAUCCGAUAAACGAUUUCAACGAGGUCAGCCCGGGAAGUCGGCGCGGGUCUCAAGGGCCCGAACCUGAUCCUCCUCCGGACGAGUCAAAUUUAAAAAGAGCAAUAAGCUGCGAAAGCGUGUGCUCCGACACGAGCGUAAUGUUAAACGACCUGGAAGAAGCACCCAUCGUCGGACACGUCUGCGUGGGUGUACAAUACGACAGAUGGGGUGGCCGGGGUGCUGAUAGCGAGGGCGAUCUCGCCGUCAGCGUCCUCGAAGCCAGAGAUCUCGUUACCCCGGAUGACCUACCUGCUCAAGAUACCUUUGCUAGGGUUUGCCUGUUACCGAACAGAGAAAUGUACGUGAAGACGAGACUGUACAGAGGAAGCCCAUCGCCUAGCUAUCAAGAAAACUUUUUGCUCCCCCUUGACGAUGGUCCCACAGGGAGGACUCUCCUCGUUGAAAUAUUUUCCGACGAAACCAGUAUAGGGGGUGGCACGUCCUUGCUAGGAGAGGCCAGGUUACGAUUAGGACCAGCGCCAAGAAUACCAGCGACCACGUGGCUACCGCUAAUCGGGUCGUCCGUGCCCACGCUAAGGCUUGGGGAAUUAAUGUUCUCUUUAAGUUAUUUGCAAACGGCUGAACGACUCACUUUGGUAGUCGUCAAGGCGAAGAAUCUACGCGGCGCCAACUCUGUACCUGGCGAUUUCUUCGUCAAAGUUUAUCUGCUGCAAAACGGAAAGAAAAUACGUAAGAAGAGGACGUCCAUAAAGAAGGGAGAGGAAAGUCCGAUCUUCAAUGAGGCGAUUAUUUUUAACGUGCCUAGUCACAUCCUACAGAAUAUACAGAUAAGACUAACUGUAGCUGAAGUGAGCGGUGAUCAAGGCGUAAAUUCCAAACCAUAUUCCGUCGGUCACAUUUUCGUGGGACCCUCGUCGACAGGAAAAGCAUUUGUCCAUUGGAGACAAAUGAUGGCUGCUUCAAGACGUCCUGUCGCCAUGUGGCAUCCAUUAAGAAAAUAGAAUAAACGUAAGCGGCGAGAACGCACGAACAAGAGCUUUUAAUUUAAAAUGUACUCGGAGAACGGCUUCGUUACUUUUACAUCGCGUCUCAUAACGAUAAUCUUUCGUUAAUACAUUUUCCAAAACUGACUGGAAAGAGGAAAUCUAAAGAAAAUUUUGCUAUCACGUUCGUGAACUUUAUGAACGAAAGGAAACAAUAGCGUUUGGUUCAUCGGUCGCACUGUGUCGCAUUGAAUCACAAAGGUGUUGACACGUUACAGGCCUCAAUGCGAGAGAUUUUUCUAUUCACGUUACAAUUGUAAGUAUUUCUGUACGUCUGUUCGACCGUUCUCCUGUAUACCCCGACGAAGGAACGUGUGACACGUUGCAAGUAGAAUAAGAACAACUAAACCGACUAUACCUACGAUCCACCGUUUUGAUGGUAUAAAAUCUCAAUGUGAAGAAAGCUCGUAUUCUAUCAUACGUGUACUAUAUGGAUGUGCGUCAUAUGUUGUCUCAUCUAAUGAUAAGAUUCAAAAUGACAGCUCCGUGAUUAACACUGCGUUUUGCUUCGACCAAAGUUACAAUUUGUAGGGCUGACGUUGAGACGAAAUGAAACGGUUGCACACGAAUGAAUCAGGAUGAAACACGGAGCUGAUAUCAAUCAUUUCAGACUGAUCAGUAUCAAUAUCAAAAGUCAUCGUCAGGCACAAAUCGCCUAGACUCUAAGGUGGACCUACAUCGUUGUUCAUAUCGUGUGUCCCUUCUCGAGGAAGGUUCGAACGAACUUUGUGACGACAUCACAAAGUUUCCAAUACACGGCUCAAACAUUUGUAUUGAUAUUUUAUAUGUAAUAAAGCCGGUGUACGCCAGGGCCAAGGAGGAUAUCACUUUGUCCUUCAUCCGUUUCAUUAAUUAUUAUUAUUAUUAUUGGAGCAUGUGCAUUGCAUAAGAAUGAAACAAUCUAAAAGUGAAUGAAAUCAACCACGUGGAAAGCGAAGGCUUUAUGACAUCACAUUGUAUUAAUUUCUUUGCCGAAUAACAGAUACAUAGGCAUAAGCAUAUGAUUGAGAAGGUAGUCGAACCUUCCUUACAUGUAUGUACAAAGAAUGCGUCGUUAGAACCUUCUAUGUGUACCAUUUUUCUUUUCGAACAGAUUCGCACUUUCUACAUCGGACAAUCAUUACUAGCUGAAUUAUCUUUCGACUGGUCGAAUACAUGUGAAAUUGUUGCUCAUCCUAGCUUUCCUUGUGAUUAUCACGUUUCUUGUUCUGGCGUAUCGAUCGUAAUCUUGUACUUGUUAUUCAUCGAUCAACCGGCUGUAGUGAAAGAAUGAGGAUGAAACAAAAACAUUUUUAGGAAUUCAUCGCGAUCAAAAAAUUCAUUGCGGCGUUGAGGAAUUCGUGCACGAUGAAAACCCCUGAUUCGGGGAGAUGUAAAUGUUGUUGUUCUGUUAAAUGAACUGUUAAUGUUUGUACAGAGUUUAUUAACGACGUACUCGACGUGCAGAGCAUUCUCUUCUCGAAACGAUUGAUCUCGACUACACACAAAUUUAUGCUUCUCUCUCCUAUAUCUUAAAUCAUUGAUCGUAUCGACAAUCUUACGAUCCGUUCCGUUCAUUGUUUUAUUCUGAUCAUGCUACCAAGUCAGCCUCACCCCCUAUUACCGCUUCUUCUUCUUCUUCUUCUUCUUCUUGUUCUUCCUCAUCCUCGGUACCCUUUUCCCAAUUCUUGGCACGGCCGAAUUAUAAGUAUAUGCUUGACGUAAU